UUCGCCCCACCCAGGAUUUGAGUCAUUGUACACUUUCAGUUUGUAAUACAGGAAGCUUCGGGAAAUCACAGCUGUGGUUGAAUGACAACGCUAUAUUUUCUUGUGAUGGCGCUGGAGUAUUACAGGCAUUGAUGUCACAAUUUACAGUAAACACGCCAGAGAGAAUUGCUUCAUGAUGUCCGCGGAAAAUGCGUCUCGUCCCGGCGGGCCAAGAAGUCCUGACCUGGGAGGAGGACACUGUAUAAUCUGCAUGGACGACAUCCAGGAGAAGCGGACUCUGGAAAAAUGCAUGCACUCGUUCUGCGCGAGCUGUAUUAGCGAAGUUUUCAAACUAAAGCCAGCGUGCCCGAUAUGUAAUACAUUCUACGGCGCUUAUUUUGGAACGCAACCGCACAACGGCUCGAUGAAAGUUACCCGAAGCUGGGAGCAUUUACCCGGGUUCGAGUCAUGUGGGACCAUAGUAAUUGACUACCACUUUCCAGCUGGUAUACAGGAGGCCGGCCAUCCGAACCCGGGCCAAUUGUACUCCGGCACGUCUCGCCGGGCCUUCCUGCCGGCGAGCGAGGAAGGGGAGCGCGUCCUGCGGCUGCUGCGGCGGGCCUUCGCACAGCGCCUCCUCUUCACCGUCGGCACCUCGGCCACCACCGGCCGCUCCAACGUCAUCACCUGGAACGACAUUCACCACAAGACCAACAUGCACGGGGGACCACAGUGCUUUGGGUACCCAGAUCCGGGGUAUUUGUUGAGGGUCCAGGAGGAGCUGAGGCUGAAGGGUGUAACGGAGGAUGACCUCAGCGAGCCUGUGGACGGUACUUACCCUCGAGAGUCCUGAGGAAGCGUGGGCCCCAAUAUUAACCUGCCCGUGGGCUGCAGUUACAGACCGCUGUAAUGACCUUGGCUGCGGCAGACUGCACUGCACACACCUUGUGUGCUGCGACUUUAAGGGUCGGUUCUGAAGGCGUUCACUUGAGGAGGAGCCCACCAGUCCCCUUCCUCUCUCAACAAAGGCCAAUCUCUUUAUCACCCAGGUAGAAGACACGGCACAGUGCAGAACUCUAAAAGUUUCCUUAUGUUCCCUCUGACCCAAGCUGUGCAAAUGGUGUGGGAUGAUGACACAAUAAAUUGUGCUGAACUGAGCUGAAAUUUUGAAGUGGAAAAUUAAUUAAAAGGCAUAGUUAACUUUCUGGUCUUUCAGAAAUAUUUCAGUUUUGGCUCAUGUUUUAGCCUGGCUAAUGCUAAGCAUGCGACAGCACAGACAGUGCAGUGGGCUACCCCUUUGCCAGGCCAGCUGCUUCUAAACCAAGCCUCUCUGGUCCUUAACCUUGGCAGUGAAUAGCACAUGCUGCUAUUGAACUGAGCAAGAAGGAGGUACCUCAAAAUAAUUGUGAAUAAACCCUAUUAAGUGAAUGUGUUCAUAUACAGCAUCCUGUAUUUAUAGCCUCCAGAAACAUAAUGCUGUACAAGUUGCUUUGGAAUUAUUUGAAGUGUGUUUUCUUGCUUUAAACCCCAACCCCUUGAUGCUCCUGUACUAGCCAUUGUAAGGCCAGCAGGUCAUCAGAAACUUCUGGAAGUAUGUAAAUAUCCUUCAUUGCCCAAAAAAACUGUCUGGGCUAGUCGAGAACAUUGUGAUAUUGCAAAGUGAUAAAAAAAUUUCGAGAAAGUGAACUAUCCCUUUAAGACGUGUUCAGGAGUCCUGGCUCCCACAACCCCAACACUGCCUUGGUACCUGUUUAACUCAACCCUCACACACUAAUCCAAAUUGGCAUCUUGUCUUUUUCUUAGUGUGACACUAAGAGUGAUGAUGGAUAACACUCUGUCAUCAUAAGGGGACAUAUUCAGCCUCCUUAAGCUUUUUGGGAGCUUUUUUGUAACACAAUCUCCUCCUGUGGAUUGUUCCUUGUCACAGUUACCUUGGUAGCAGUGUAAACAAGGAGGUGUGUGCACAUACAAUCUAACCACAGGUGCACAGUAAAAAUUCUUGAUGAUUGCAUCACAUUUGGGAGCAGUGUCAGUGUGUGGGUACUGUGUCUCCUCAGGCCCAGUGACAUUCGUAACAGUUGCUCAGUUUUGUUCAGAUGUGAGCUAUAAGAUAUGCUGUCGAUCCACGUGCAAUAAACCAAUUACGUGGCUGGAAAACCUUUGCUGAUUUAGAUAAGAAAUCUAAGUACUUUCCAUCUGGUUCAGACUCCAGACUGAUGGGGGAUUUUUUUUUUUUUUGCUAUUGUUGCAAUGACACGUGUGUACUUACUCCUCAUCGCCACCAGAGGGCGACGUCUGCUCACAUCGGCACACGGGACUGCGCAGGAUAAACCGGCCCUGGUUACGAAACGGCAGGGCCAGUGGUGCCGCAGACAUGGGGAGCGGAAUGAUGAGCCCCUGUACGCACGGGGAUGAGUCACGCGUUUCCAUGGAGACCUAUGUGGCUUCAGAACGGCGACUAUGGUUACCUCUUAGGCCCAUGACCUGACCAAAGGGGCAACCCCCCUCUCCACCCAACCACCAUAUAAACAUUGAAGACGCAUGUUUAAUGAGCCCCCCUCCAGGAUAAUAAAGAAAUAAAGGAUUCAGUCACCUGAACAUUCUCAUCUCCGGAAGGUCUCCUGUGGGGUGCAAGAGUUUUAUGGGUCAUGAUCUGAACCUGCAGAGCCUCUGAUGCUGCGGACAGAAGCUGGACCAGGGCUGCAUCAGAAAACUCCAAAUUCACAUUGAUCCUUCAACUGAUAAAGAUGGGUUGAAGCAAUAUGGCAGAAAGCAUACCUAGCCAAUCAGUAGUCAGUUCCGAUCAGUGAAACGAUAAGGGGCGAAUGCUACCUCAGAGAUUCAGACAGGGUCGUGCUCCAGGCUGCUCUUCCAGUGUCAGGGGCUGCUGUCCCCUUGCAGGUUUCCGCAGACACACAGUCUUCAGUGACUGUGACAGCUCUGCACCUGUUAGAAGUUUACUUACAGUUGAGGAGAGAGGUUUCUCCUUGUCCAUCUGUUCAUUAGAAGAAGGGAAGCAAAGGUGUCAUUUCGUUUGUUUUGAAUUAAGAGAUGUACUCUCCGUGUACAAAUUACAGUGUAUCGCAGCAAAAAUC